AUGGAGUCCGAAAUGCUGCAGUCGCCUCUUCUGGGACUCGGGGAAGAAGAUGAAGCGGACCUUACAGACUGGAACCUGCCUUUGGCUUUUAUGAAAAAGAGGCACUGUGAGAAAAUUGAAGGCUCCAAAUCCUUAGCUCAGAGCUGGAGAAUGAAGGAUCGGAUGAAGACAGUCAGUGUUGCUUUAGUUUUGUGUCUGAAUGUCGGUGUGGAUCCUCCAGAUGUGGUGAAGACCACCCCCUGUGCGCGCUUGGAAUGCUGGAUAGAUCCUCUGUCCAUGGGUCCUCAGAAGGCUCUGGAAACCAUCGGUGCGAAUUUGCAGAAGCAGUACGAGAACUGGCAGCCACGGGCCCGGUACAAGCAGAGCCUCGACCCCACCGUGGACGAGGUCAAGAAGCUAUGCACGUCCCUACGUCGUAAUGCCAAGGAGGAGCGGGUCCUCUUCCACUACAAUGGCCAUGGCGUGCCCCGGCCCACAGCCAACGGAGAGGUCUGGGUCUUCAACAAGAACUAUACUCAGUACAUCCCACUGUCCAUCUACGACCUGCAGACGUGGAUGGGCAGUCCGUCCAUAUUCGUGUACGACUGCUCCAAUGCCGGCCUGAUCGUCAAGUCCUUCAAACAGUUCGCGCUUCAGCGGGAGCAGGAGCUGGAGGUGGCGGCAAUUAACCCAAACCACCCACUUGCCCAGAUGCCUUUGCCACCGUCCAUGAAAAACUGUAUCCAGCUGGCAGCCUGUGCGGCCCACGAGCUCCUGCCCAUGGUCCCCGACCUCCCGGCUGACCUGUUCACGUCCUGCCUCACCACCCCCAUCAAGAUCGCCCUGCGCUGGUUUUGCAUGCAGAAGUGUGUGAGUCUGGUGCCUGGAGUCACACUGGAUUUGAUAGAAAAAAUUCCUGGCCGUCUGAAUGACAGGAGGACUCCUUUGGGCGAGCUGAACUGGAUCUUUACAGCCAUCACGGACACUAUCGCGUGGAACGUGCUCCCCCGGGAUCUUUUCCAAAAGCUCUUCAGACAGGACCUGUUGGUGGCUAGUCUCUUUCGGAAUUUUUUGCUGGCAGAAAGAAUUAUGAGGUCAUACAAUUGCACUCCAGUUAGCAGUCCACGGCUGCCCCCGACUUACAUGCAUGCAAUGUGGCAAGCCUGGGACCUCGCUGUGGACAUCUGCCUGUCUCAGCUGCCGACCAUCAUCGAGGAGGGCACUGCGUUCAGGCACAGCCCGUUCUUUGCAGAGCAGCUGACAGCAUUCCAGGUGUGGCUCACCAUGGGCGUGGAGAACCGGAAUCCCCCUGAGCAGCUGCCCAUCGUCUUGCAGGUGCUGUUGAGCCAAGUGCACCGGCUGAGAGCCUUGGACUUGCUGGGAAGAUUUUUGGACCUGGGUCCGUGGGCAGUGAGCCUGGCCUUGUCUGUCGGCAUCUUCCCCUACGUGCUCAAGCUGCUCCAGAGCUCGGCCCGGGAGCUCAGGCCGCUUCUUGUUUUCAUCUGGGCCAAGAUCCUUGCUGUGGACAGCUCGUGCCAGGCUGACCUCGUCAAGGACAAUGGUCACAAGUACUUCCUCUCCGUCUUGGCGGACCCCUACAUGCCAGCUGAGCAUAGGACCAUGACGGCUUUUAUCCUUGCUGUGAUCGUCAACAGCUACAACACAGGGCAGGAAGCCUGCCUGCAGGGAAACCUGAUCGCCAUCUGCCUGGAACAGCUCAGUGACCCGCACCCCCUGCUGCGACAGUGGGUGGCCAUCUGCUUGGGGCGGAUCUGGCAGAACUUUGACUCCGCACGAUGGUGUGGUGUGAGAGACAGUGCCCACGAGAAGCUUUACAGCCUGCUCUCCGACCCCAUUCCUGAGGUCCGCUGUGCAGCAGUCUUCGCCCUUGGCACGUUUGUGGGCAACUCUGCUGAGAGGACGGACCACUCCACCACCAUCGACCACAACGUGGCCAUGAUGCUGGCCCAGCUGGUCAACGACGGGAGCCCCGUGGUCCGGAAGGAGCUGGUGGUGGCCCUGAGUCAUCUGGUUGUCCAGUAUGAAAGCAAUUUCUGCACCGUGGCCUUGCAGUUCAUGGAGGAGGAAAAGAACUACCCCCUGCCCUCGCCUGCGGCCACAGAGGGUGGGAGUUUGACCCCAGUGCGAGACAGCCCAUGCACCCCCAGACUGCGUUCUGUGAGUUCCUAUGGAAACAUCCGUGCCGUCACCACCGCCAGGAACCUGAACAAGUCUCUGCAGAACCUGAGUUUGACAGAAGAAUCUGGCAGCUCGGUGGCCUUCUCCCCUGGAAACCUCAGCACCAGCAGCAGUGCCAGCAGCACCCUGGGCAGCCCCGAGAACGAGGAGUACAUCCUGUCCUUUGAGACCAUCGACAAGAUGCGCCGCGUCAGUUCCUACUCCUCCCUCAACUCCCUCAUCGGUGUUUCUUUUAAUAGUGUUUACACUCAGAUUUGGAGAGUCCUACUGCACCUGGCAGCCGACCCCUACCCAGACGUCUCCGACCUGGCUAUGAAAGUCCUCAACUGCAUUGCUUACAAGGCCACAAUGAACGCCCGGCCCCAGCGCAUCCUAGACACAUCCUCUCUCACGCAGUCGGCCCCUGCAAGCCCCACCAACAAGGGCACGCACAUCCACCAGGUGGGAGGCUCCCCCCCGACAACCAGCACAAGCAGCUCCAGCCUGACCAACGACAUGGCUAAGCAGCCAGUUAGCCGGGACCUGCCUUCGGGCCGGCCGAGUGCCACAGGCCCCGUGGGGGCACAGUACACCCCUCACUCACACCAGUUCCCUCGGACACGGAAGAUGUUUGACAAAGGCCCAGAGCAGACCACAGACGAUGGGGAUGAUGCCGCUGGACACAAGAGUUUCAUCUCCGCCACGGUACAGACGGGAUUCUGCGACUGGAGUGCGCGGUAUUUUGCCCAGCCUGUCAUGAAGAUCCCGGAAGAACAUGACCUUGAGAGUCAGAUCCGCAAGGAACGGGAAUGGCGCUUCCUGCGGAACAGCCGUGUCAGGAAGCAGGCCCAGCAGGUCAUCCAGAAAGGUAUCACGAGACUGGAUGACCAGAUAUUUCUGAACAGGAACCCUGGUGUCCCCUCCGUGGUCAAAUUUCAUCCCUUCACCCCGUGUAUAGCCGUAGCCGACAAGGACAGCAUCUGUUUUUGGGACUGGGAGAAAGGGGAAAAGCUGGACUAUUUCCACAAUGGCAACCCCCGAUACACACGCGUCACUGCCAUGGAGUACCUGAAUGGCCAGGACUGCUCACUGCUGCUCACAGCUACAGAUGAUGGUGCCAUUAGGGUCUGGAAGAACUUUGCUGACUUGGAAAAGAACCCAGAGAUGGUGACAGCAUGGCAGGGGCUCUCAGACAUGCUGCCCACGACGCGAGGAGCGGGGAUGGUGGUGGACUGGGAGCAAGAGACUGGCCUCCUUAUGAGCUCGGGGGAUGUGCGGAUCGUCCGGAUCUGGGACACAGACCGCGAGAUGAAGGUGCAGGACAUCCCUACGGGUGCAGACAGCUGCGUGACAAGUCUGUCCUGUGACUCCCACCGCUCACUCAUCGUGGCCGGCCUCGGUGACGGCUCCAUCCGUGUCUACGACCGAAGGAUGGCGCUCAGUGAAUGCCGCGUCAUGACGUAUCGGGAGCACACGGCCUGGGUGGUGAAGGCCUACCUGCAGAAGCACCCCGAGGGCCACAUCAUGAGUGUCAGCGUCAAUGGAGACGUGCGUAUCUUUGACCCACGGAUGCCCGAGUCUGUGAACGUCCUUCAGAUCGUAAAGGGGCUGACAGCCCUGGACAUCCACCCUCAGGCGAACCUGAUCGCAUGUGGCUCUGUGAACCAGUUCACCGCCAUCUACAGUGGCAGCGGGGAGCUCAUCAACAACAUCAAAUACUACGACGGCUUCAUGGGACAGCGUGUCGGCGCCAUCAGCUGCCUGGCCUUCCACCCACACUGGCCCCAUCUGGCGGUAGGAAGCAACGAUUACUACAUCUCUGUGUACUCUGUGGAGAAGCGCGUCAGAUAGCGGCACCACUGAGGGCCCUGCUGCUGGAGCCCUGCCAGCUGUGGCCGCUGGAUGUACAUAGUCAACCUGCCACACGUCCGAGUGCAUAGCGUCGGUUCUGCUGCUCCCACCUCAGCUGCUGAGGACUGGAGGGGCCUCGCACUUGCUUUGUGUCUUUGCUGUAAUGUCUAGAAAGGCAGGGGAGGGGAGGGCUUCAGUGGGACAGUGGCUUCCACCCAAGCACCAGCACCCAGGUGCCGGUACUCAGCCACAGUGUCGCACUCGCUCUCCCACUUUUUUUUGCUGAGGUUUUUAAAGGAGGAGACAAACUUGUUUUAUUUUCCACGUAAUCAGAGCAUUAGAUCCAGAAAAGCUCCAAGACGGAGCCCUGGUGGAGAAGUGGUACUGGGCUCUACGGGUCCCUGGGGCGGCCACCCAUCUGGCCAAAAGCAGGGGAGCAGUGCAGCCCACCCAGACCACCAUCUUCUCAGUGUGUGCUGGAGAGCGGUACCAUUCCCACACAGGAGCCACAGAAGGGCAAGAUGGAGACGUCCCCCAAAGCUCCCCCAAAGCUGGCAAGCAUAGAAGGAAGUGACCCAGGGCCACUCAGCUGGCUGUCCUUGUCCAAGAGGUGCCUCACCACAGGGUGAGGGAGUGGGCCACCCCACACAGCUCACCCCCGGCACCCUUGGCCUUCGGGGUCGAGCCUCAGUCCCUCUCCCAGCAUGAGUGGGAACAGGCUCUGGCUAUGGGCAGCUGUGGUGGGUCAUUGGCAGUUUAACCACUGCCUGGACCUCCAUCCAGGGCUUGCCUCCCCAUGCCUUGCCAUGUCCCCCACCCCAGGCCCUGUGGCCCCACACAGGCACAUGCAUGUGCGGGCACCAUGGUCUGCACACAGGCUCAUGUGCAGGCACUGUGUCCCCCUGCUUCCCCACACUGCACACGUGCAAAUAUGGAGCCCUCUGCAACCCUACAGGUCUGUGGGUAAAUGGCAGCCCCAUCUCCGCCCUUUGUCCCACACGCUGGUGCAGCCAUGGUUUGCAUCUCGUGGUCUGUAACACAGGAGUUCCUUAGCUGUGGCUGCAGCGUGUCAGUGCAUGUGCACUUGUGAGGAUGUGGGCAAGACAGGCAGCCCUGUGGCCAGUCUGGCCCCAAAAAGGGCCUCAGAAAGGUGCCAAGCAAUUGCAAAGAAACAGAACACAACCAUAAUGAUGGGAUUUUAAAAGGCUUUGUUUCCGUUUUCCUUGGGAAUCAGGAGUAUUGGGAGAGAGGAGGGAGGAGUCUUGGUUAAUCUGUUGACUGGGCAGUCCUGGCGGGAAUGCAAGCAGGAGGCGCUGCGGGUCCCGUGGGUCGCAGUGGCUGGAGCCUGCCCAGUGGUGCCUGGAGCCUGCUGGAGCUGGACUGCGGGACUAGCAAGUGGAGGAAGUGAUCCUCCUGCUCCCCAGGAAGAGGGGCACCCAUCAGGGGGUUCUGGCAUGAAGUCCUGUCCCAUGUCUGGGGUGUACAGGCAGCCUGAGGUCAGGAAGGCCAUGGAAGUCCAGGGUGGCGACAUGCCAGAAGUCUAGAAGCCAAGCUCCACCACAGACCUGAGGGGUCUGAUCCGCCAUGGCUGACGCCGUGGUUCAACUCGAUUCUAACCUGACACGUUUCUGUUUGUUUGGAGACAAAACCACCACUUGGUGAAGUGCAGAUGGCUGCAGAGGGGCAAGGCCCCCCUGCACCCCCCACACCGAGGGCCAUGUCCUCCUAGGUCUGAUGCGAAACCCAAUCAUGAAGUUACCCAGGGCUCAGAGAGCACCAACUAAAGGUUCCUUUAUCUCUAUUUAUUUUACCAGAAUGAGAAUUGAAAAGACUUUGACAGCACAUGGAAUUGUGAUGUGAAACUGAGAGCAAUGGCAAACAGUAAACUGUUAAUAAAACGUGAACAA